AUGGACAACAUCGUAUCUGGACUGCAGAAGAUCACCAAGCUUGAAUCCCCUGAUCAAUAUGUCGAAUGGCAUAGACAGAUCACAGACAUCUUGAGCACUCACAACUAUGGCCGACUCUUCAAUGCUCUCAAGGAGCCACCCCUCAGGUUGCAAUCUGACACUAAACGCGAGUACGCCAAUGUCCUUGAGAAGUGGGAAGAGAAGCAGGACAACGCAUGUAAUUGCGUACGCGCCACCAUUAGCUUCAAUGCUCGGGAAGCCGUCAAAGCGAUAGACGGGAAACCAUUCAACCGACUACAUAUCGUCCUAGAAACCAUUGAGGAACACUGCAAGCCCACCAGGAGUGCCAAUUACCAGGAACUAGAUCGGAACUACUAUAAGUUAUCCCUUGAAAACUGCAAAGGUGUCAUGAACUUUGCCUCAAGGCUCCAGGAAGCCAACAAUCGACUACUGGGGAUUAAUUCAACUCUUGGUUACAACACUCCACAAAGUGUCAACAAAUUCUUAAUCGGACUAGGAAAUGACUUCUCAGCGUUCAGAACCGCAUUCUAUCAGACUCACCAACUGAUUCCAGAAAUGGAUAAGGAGGGGAAGACCAAGACCCCUGGGGUCUCCUAG